UUGUAAUUAAUAAAUCAAGGACAAUGUCUAAUAUAUAACAAUGUCUUGCAUAAAUUAGCCAACUAUUGAGAUAACAAAUAUUUCAUCAUUUUGUAACAUAUAUUAAAACUUUCUCCAGAGGCUUACGUAUAUUAUGAGAUACCGAGCAAGAAAAUAGACUACGGCAUUACCACAAAACACAUAAUCAUCAAGUAAAUGAAUCAACCAUGGCUACAAACGAGCAAAGGGGACGUAAAAAAAAAUAUAAAGCAACAUAACGUCAUACUGGAUCCAACUACAGCUUUUACGGACCAUUACUCAAUGUUAGAUAAUGUUAAUGCUGCUAAUGAACAAGAGAAAGAGUAUGAUGAUGAGUCAUUCAUUGAUGACGGCUUUAGGUUCCGUCAUGAAGCCGAAGACAAUGAACCUUUGAGGAACGAAGAUUCAAUUGAAGACGAUGAUAUUAAUCUGCAAACUCAUGCUGCUAUUAGAUCUGCUAAUACUGAUGAAGAUUGUGAACCCAGACAUUCUGAUAGAUUUGAAUAUCCGGACUAUGAUUCCAUGAGAGAAAGAAAUGAAGCAUCGACAAAUAAUCAUCGAAUACAUAUGUCUCUCUACAUAUUAAUAUCAAUAGUCCUAAUUAUUGUCUUUUAAAAAUAAAUUUACAUAAAUUAUAAGUCAAUACUUGAAAUAAAAAUUUUUUUUUUAAUAAACAAAUUUGAAAUACUCCAAUUAAUUAUAAAUUUGA